CUCAAAUUCCUGAGGACAAUCAUAGCAAACAAUCACAUCAUCGCAAUAUACAUAAACAAAAGAGGAAGAAAAAUGGCAACCGAGUGGUGUAGUUAUAUUGGUUCGUCUUUCAUCCUCAAUUUCUACUUUUCAUUCUUUGAUAUUGGGAAGAACUCAUGGCCGGAGCUUUUAGGAACAAAUGGAGACUAUGCGGCUUCGGUGAUAAAAGGAGAGAACUCGAGCCUCAACGUUGUCGUGGUUUCGGAUGGAAAUUAUGUGACUGAAGACCUCAGUUGCUACCGCGUUAGGGUUUGGGUUGACGAAAUCCGUAUCGUUGUCAGAAACCCAACCGCCGGCUAGACAUGUAUAUGGACCACCAUUAUGCUAUAGCCAUGUAGGCGCCUUACUAUGAAUAAAUGAAACUAUAUAUAAUGCAUGCAUAGUUGGUUGGUUGGUCAUAAUGUAACAUCUAUUGUUUGCUUGAAUGAUUCUGGUGUCCGAUCAUAUAACGCAUUUGAAUGGAUGAUGUGGUGUAUAUUUUGGCAGCCCUGGUGAUUUAGGAACUAAGCAAAAAUAGUAUUUUAUUUAGCGAAAACGCAAGAGUUGUUUAUUACAAAGAGCGAUAAGAAAAGAACAACAAAG